UCGGGGGCGUGGCCGGCCUGCCCUGCCGGGAGGGGGAGGGCGCACGGGAGGAAGGAGGAAGCCGCCAUCUUGGAGCGUCGAGUCGCCAUAACAAGGCACCAAGGGGGAGCGAGAGGAUUUUAUACCUGGGCGAGGCAGGAGCGCGGCUGGUGGCGAUUGAAGCAAGUGAAUUCUGAUACAACUCAACUUUGUUAGAGGGCUUUUUUUAAAAAAAAGUUGAUCCACAGUGCAUCAGAGCAAGUUACUACUUUACUUUUGAGUGACUUACAGGUGCUUGCCUGCAUUGCAAUAAAGGACUCAUAUAUUGAGCAAGACUUAUUUAUCUCUUCGUUUUGGAGAGUCUAAUAAACUGUUAUUACAGUUUCUGUACUGACUUUCAAAGUUUUGAAGUCUAAAAAGACAUCUUUAAAAAUACAAACAUGAGCACGGCCAGAACAGAGAACCCUGUUAUAAUGGGUCUAUCCAGUCAGAAUGGGCAGUUGAGAGGCCCUGUAAAACCCAGCGGGGGCCCAGGAGGUGGAGGCACACAAACUCAGCAACAGAUGAACCAGCUGAAAAAUGCCAACACAAUCAAUAACGGCACUCAACAGCAAGCACAGAGUAUGACCACCGCUAUUAAACCUGGUGAUGACUGGAAGAAGACUUUAAAACUCCCUCCAAAGGAUUUGAGAAUCAAAACUUCGGACGUGACCUCCACAAAAGGAAACGAGUUUGAAGAUUACUGUUUGAAACGGGAGUUGCUGAUGGGAAUUUUUGAAAUGGGCUGGGAAAAACCAUCUCCUAUACAGGAGGAGAGCAUCCCCAUUGCUUUAUCUGGUAGGGAUAUCUUGGCUAGAGCGAAAAAUGGAACAGGCAAGAGUGGAGCCUACCUCAUUCCUUUACUUGAACGGCUAGACUUAAAGAAGGACAAUAUACAAGCAAUGGUGAUCGUUCCCACCCGUGAACUAGCCCUGCAGGUCAGUCAAAUCUGUAUCCAAGUCAGCAAACACAUGGGAGGUGCCAAAGUGAUGGCAACAACGGGAGGAACCAAUUUGCGAGAUGACAUCAUGAGGCUUGAUGAUACAGUGCAUGUGGUGAUAGCUACCCCUGGGAGAAUUCUCGAUCUCAUCAAGAAAGGAGUAGCAAAAGUCGAGCAUGUCCAGAUGAUAGUAUUGGAUGAGGCAAAUAAGCUGCUGUCUCAAGAUUUUGUUCAAAUAAUGGAAGACAUUAUUCUCACGCUACCUAAAAACAGACAGAUUUUGCUCUACUCGGCCACUUUCCCUUUGAGUGUACAGAAGUUCAUGAAUUCCCAUUUGCAGAAACCCUACGAGAUUAACCUGAUGGAGGAGCUGACCUUGAAGGGAGUUACCCAGUACUAUGCCUAUGUCACUGAGCGUCAGAAAGUGCACUGCCUCAAUACACUGUUUUCCAGGCUCCAGAUUAACCAGUCGAUCAUUUUCUGCAACUCCUCUCAACGGGUGGAAUUGCUAGCCAAAAAGAUCUCCCAGCUGGGCUAUUCCUGCUUCUAUAUCCAUGCUAAGAUGAGGCAGGAGCACCGCAAUCGUGUGUUCCACGAUUUCCGAAAUGGCUUAUGCCGCAAUCUUGUUUGCACUGAUCUGUUUACCCGAGGUAUUGAUAUCCAAGCUGUGAAUGUGGUGAUAAACUUCGAUUUCCCAAAGCUGGCAGAGACUUAUCUCCAUCGCAUUGGCAGAUCAGGUCGCUUUGGUCACCUUGGCCUGGCCAUCAACUUGAUCACCUAUGAUGAUCGAUUCAACCUGAAAAGUAUUGAGGAGCAGUUGGGAACUGAAAUUAAACCCAUACCAAGCAACAUUGACAAGAGCCUGUAUGUGGCAGAAUACCACAGUGAACCUGUAGAAGAUGAGAAACAGUAAACGUGUGCGUAUGCUUUGAUUACACAUGCCAGAAGGUGAAGCCCUUUGAUCCAGAUCUGUGACACAUCGUUUCUUUGGGGAUACCCUUCUCUUUGUGGGUUUUUCUUCGUCUUUUCAUUUCGGAACUAUGAAGACUAAAGAGCUCGGCCUUUUUUUCUUUUUAAAUUUGGCAGCAAAGAAGAAAGAAGAUAAAAGGAGGAAUGUCUUUUUGUUUUUCCACUUGUUUGCACUGUGUGCUGAUUGAACAUUAGUUGCACUAACUGCUGGUUUUAAAUUUUUUUCCUUUGGGUGGGAGGGGCAGCAAGGGAAGAAGAGAAACCCUGAAAAGAGAAGAAUCUUGACAAACACGAGCUUGUCUGCUAUUUCAAAUUCUUCAACCGUCGACUGAGUGCAUUUCAACUUCUCCCUGGUUACUCAUCUGUUUUUAAGCUAAAGAGCUUGUUACUUAUUCGUGCAAAGUGCCUUAUGCUAUGAGACCAUUCAGAAUAUCACCUUUCCGACACAGCCCAAGGAAUCAGCAGCCGUUUUUGGUUUCAGGUCAAAGUUCCCCUCUCUCCCCCCUCUCCUCCUCCCCAAGUACUCAAGCCCAGGGCUGGGAGGUGAAACGUAUUGGUAAUACUACUUUUUCUUCAACUUUUUUUUUUUCUUCUUUUGAAUUGGAGGAGUUGAUAUGCAUCUGCAGUUCACCCACACUGUAAAUACCUGUAUUUAAAAUGAAACCAACUUAAAAUCUGGGCUGAUUAGGUGCAGCAUCAUAGCUCCAGAAGGAAAGAGUAGCCUGUCGUCCUUUGCAGGAGCCAUAAGAAAAGCCCUAUGCUCUAGCAGAACACUAAAGACUGGUUUCCAUAAGAGUCUCCAUUAGUAGUUACAGCACUUGAUAUGUAGACUUGUCUCAGAGCCAUGGCCCUCUUUCCUCUGGUGCAGUGUGUCCCAUAGAAAAUCAGAUGUGUAUAUUGUACAAACUUUGUAAAUAUGAUUUUUUUUUUCUUCUGUUUGGGUUCAUAUAUGACUUUUUUUCUUUUGUGAUGAAGGUUGCUGGGGUUAAAGGGAUUAGACUGAUUAUGGGAGCAGCUAAAGAUGAGAGGGGCUCAGUUUUCUGCAACACUAAACAAUGAGAAGUGCUCUGACCUCCAUGAAAAGCAGGCCUCUACAAGCGUCCCUUGUCAGGUUGGGUUUGCUCUGGUGCUAGCAACACUGUCCUGCACCGCUCGUAUGGAAGAGAUCGCUUGUGGGGCUGCAAGGCCUCAAAAUCUGCAGCUCGGCCUGUUGGGAGAUGCGCUUCGAUUUCCCCCGUAGAAACUUCAGGAACCUGACAGGCUCUGAAGGGGCCGUGACCCGUGUUCCACCGUGGCCUGAGGGAAAUCCAGCGGUGUCAGUGUUGCCGAGCAGUAUGUGCAUGAGGCGUGGAUUUGGGUUUAAGAGAAACCACAGAAAACCACUGUACGUGCAUAAACUGACAGUUCUGGAGCUUUGUGGGAUUGAUUGACUUCCUGCGGCUUUGCGGGUUUUCUGCCCAGAGCAGCCUCUGUCCAGACUUGCGAGCAGGUAAGGGCAAACCCCUGUCAAUGUCAGAAGCUGCAGAAAGCUGCUUGCCAUCUCCUCUGUUUUGGCAUGAGUUGCUGUCUGUCAUUUUGCAUUGUAUAUUGCUGAAAAGCGCUUUCUGAUCAAGUAGUGUUGCUUUAAAUUGUGCCCCUCCCAACAUGCUUGAUGUUUGGCCUGAUCUACAGGCAAAAGGAGUGAGACAAAUCAAAAACCGUACUCUUUUAAAAUUCCCUUUUAGCCUGUUCACUGUCAGGAGGCACCUGGACGAACACAGUCCAUUUUGCUCAGUCGUUACUGCGUAUACAGAUGCUGCACUCGCACCGCGCUUGCUUACCUUUGAGGCGGGAAUUAAUUGUCUUAAUUUGUCCCCGAUUUGACCCUUUCUUGAAUUGGAGUGAAACUGUUUGGAGCUAUGAGGCGGACUCGCCCAUCCGUUUCCUGGAGGAUCAUAAAUAGAAGCCAGGUGCCUCCUGACAGCAGCUUUACAGGGUGGAAAGGUUUUUGCGUUUGGGGAAUUGUCUUUGGGUUUUGUUUUUGUUUUUGUUUUUUGGGUUUUUUUUUUUUCAUUUGUCAGCAGUGACUCCGUAAUUGUAGCAAAUGCUGCACUAGAGUACAAACUCAAGAGCUUGGUCACAGACACUCUGUGAGCCACGCAGCUUACAUCUGACUGGCAGGUACUAAAUGUAAACAAUGUUGGGGUGCUUUUCAGGGGUGGGGGGUGGGAGUUUGUGGGUGGUAACUUUGACCAAAAGUAAAAUCUUGCUCUUGUACUGCAGCCAGCUUAUGAUUUUCCAGAGAGACAGAAGAGGGAUCAUUUUAGUGCAACAGAGACGUGAAAAAUGUAAAUAAAAGUUGUGUACCUUAGCGGGGCACGCGCGUGUAACAAGAACAGGAUAGCGAUGCCGAGUCGGAUGCGCGUGCUCCGCGUGGAUUUGUGGUAGGUUAGCCUGGUGCCAUGCCUUGAUGGUCCCUCUCGAAGCACAGAACUUUUGAAAGUAUUACUUUAAACUUGGCCUCUAAUUGAGGAUUGGCACUUACCUAAACUAUCGGGGGCACCAGUUUUAGGUGGCUUCUUGUCAAAAUGGAAGCGGCCUAUUUUUGGUGCUAAUAGGCUAUCUCUAACAGACGCGAUCUUGCAAACGGAAAGAUGCUCCAAAGGACUAGGGUAAUCCUAGUGUUUUUUGGGGGGGGUUGGGGUGUUUUGUUUUGUUUUUUUUUAAUUUAUUUUUAUUUCAGGGUUUUUGGUUUGGGUUUUUUUUGGUUGUUUUUUUUUUACCUACCCAGGCGUAAGGAGCGUGUAUAAAUUUUGGCUUCCUGAGAAAGGUUCCUCGCGAGCUCCUGUCUUUGCUGGUCACGUACCAGCCUUUACACUUCAGUGUCAGCUGGAGCCUUCAGUGAUGAGCCUCAGGUCAAAUAUUUGCUCUGACAAAGAUGUAAAUGAGAACCUGACGUAUUCUGCGCUUUUCCCCUCGGCGGUCUAAAAGCGCCGCUCCGUGGGCCUGAUGAAACAGAGCUUCACAGCUGGGUGAAGCGGCUGCGAGGAGCGUGACGCGACUCUUCAGCUUGCUGGAGAGAAGCUGUAGGCUGGUCCCUGGGUGUGCGCCGCCGGGAGUGCGCUACAGUCACUGGAGGCCUUUUCCCAAAGGGAGGGGGGUGGGUUGGUCUCAAAUAUGAGGUUCAAUUUCCAGAAUGAGAUGGGAGCAUCUUUCCUUUGCCCUCUGGGACUUUUUUUUGUGGGUAAGAACAGGGAAGCGCGACAUGAAUUCAUGUUGUGUACGUGUUGGUAUCAAAUCAUCUCAUUCUGACCUUUUGUUGUUUAUUUUUACUUGGGCUGGGGGAGGGUGUCUGCUCCAAGGAUUUAAAAAUGCUUCAGGCACUUGUUGUUUUUCAAAUGACUGAUAGGGCACAAACCUGAGCAGAUAGCUGUCCUGCCUCGGUUUCUGUCUGGAGGUUGCGGAGGUGCCGUGCCACGUCUCCCGAGCUGCCGGCGUGGUGGUUCCCGUCCUGGUGCUGGACUCUGUAGUGCCGCUGGGGCCGAGCGGCUGCCGCUCUCUGAGGACAGAGCGGAUUUUGUCCUCGGGAGCUGCAGCGGUAUGGCCGCCGUGGUAAAGGUUGGGCGACGGUACUCCGCGCAGGGAGUUUUACGAUUGCUGUGACCUCCUGGUCCAUCUUCUGUGAGUCACAGUUUGUCUUCGUAAUGAGCCAGGUCUCUGGACCAAAGAGCAUGCAUCCGAUCUUCAACUUGAGGCUGUGGCAGAUUGUCCUGUAGGUCUUGCUCGGUUUGCCGUCGCGUUGCUGAAACGUGGAAGCAUUGUUAAAUUCUGCUGUAGACAAGUUGGGGGUUGGGGGGUGGAGGGGGGGGGGCGGGGUGGGGAGGUAUGGGUGUAUUAAGAUACAGUCUUGCUGUAUUUUAACCAAUAAUUACGGGGACGGGGUGUCAGGAGAAAAAAAAAUAGUUGCUGUUCCCUUUAUUGAAAGAAACUGGAACUUUUAUUUCAAGAAAAGAAAUUACUUGCAAUUCAGGUGGAACAUUGUAAUCCACUGGUCCCUAGUCAAGAGGUUGGUAUUCUUACUGUUAACCAGCAAACAAUGUGGGUUAGUCCUUGAAAACAUUCAGGGGAGGGGGGGGAAAUUGGCUUUCUGUUAAAUCGGUAAUCGGCAAACUCUCCAGUGGAGCUCAGAUUUUGUUGAGAAUGUAUUUCUUCUGGCUGUAUGUGCGUUGCAGCACUGACUUGUGAAGAGCUUCAUGAGUUAUGAGUGCAAAAAAAAAAAAAAAGAAUGGUAAUAUCCUGAUUUUGUUGAUUAAACACAAUAAAAGCUCCCUGGAACUCCA